AUGAUGCCCAAGGCCUUGUCGGCCAACGCCAUCGACAUGCUGGUGCAGGACCCGGAGCUCCUGCACACCGAGCCGGCCGUGGCCACGGUCGAGCACGUGCGUCGGGGCUCGAGCCCCAGCGCCAGUGCUCGCGUCUCGAGCUUCUCGGCUCCCAGCGCCUGCGAGAAGGCGGCGGCGAAUGGCGUCGCCUCUACUCUGGCAGCAGGCGUUCGAUCGGUUGCCAAGGAGCUGCUCAAAGACACCAGCGGUGGUGGUGGCGGCGGCCUCUUCGCUGGCAGUGCCGAGACCAUGAAGGAGCGAUUGAAGAAAAAGCUCUGCAAGAAAGAAUACGAUGUAACAGACUUCUACCGCACGGACGGUUGCUGGCAGGCCAUUGCUCGUAGUCCUGUAUUCGAGAAGAUGACGCUCAGUGUCAUCGUGGUGAACUCGAUCUGGAUUUGGAUCGACACUGAUUUCAACACGGGUACCUCUGUGCUUGACAUGCCUCCUGGCUUCCUCGUGGGCGAGAAUUUGUUCUGCUUGUAUUUCUUCUCUGAGUGGCUAAUUCGCUUCAUGGCAUUCGAAUCAAAAUGGAAUUGCCCUCGAGACAUGUGGAUGGUAUUCGACUCGGUUCUGGUGUUCUUGAUGGUCAUGGAGACGUGGGUAAUGUCACUCGCGCUAAUCAUGAUGAGCGGAUCCCAGACCGCAGAUCUAGGAAACGCCUCACUUCUCCGCAUCGUGAGGCUCCUGAGACUGGUGCGCGUGAUGAGGAUGGCACGCUUGCUGCAAGCCCUUCCAGAGUUGAUGACGAUGGUGCGUGGCGUGAUGGCCUCCAUGCGAUCUGUUUUUCUUGCGGGGAUUCUUAUGGUCGGAGUCGCGUAUGUGUUCGCCAUCUGCCUCCGCCAGCUGAGCGACGAUACCCAGAUGGGCCACGACUUCUUCCCGUCGGUGCCAGAGGGAAUGUUUGUGCUGCUGGUGGACGGCGUGUUUCUCGAUGACUUUGGGCCGGUCAUCCGCAAAAUAGGGAGGCAUAGCAUCGUGUGUGCCGUGGUGUUUUUCCUUUUUGUCUGCCUCUCGGCAAUCACGUUGAUGAACCUCUUGAUCGGCGUGGUUUGCGAGCUGAUGUCCUCGGUGGCCGCGACAGAGAAGGAGGAGCGAAACAUAUCGAUCGUGAAGGACCGGCUUUCCAAGGUCUUGAACAGCAUUGACCGGGACGGGGACGGUACGAUCUCGGAGCAAGAGUUUUAUGAGAUGCUAGAUAACGACGAGUGUGUCGGUACGCUGGAGGGGGUUGGCGUGGAUGUCGUGGGGCUCACCGACCUCGUCGACAUCAUUUUCGACAAGUACAGGGCGGACGGGCAGGCCACGAGGCUCAGCGUGGACGACUUCUUUGCCACUGUCUACGGCCUCAGAGGCUCCAACACCGCAUCUGUCAAGGACGUCGUGGACCUGCGCAGGUUCAUCCAUCAGACCUUUUCUCGAGCCAAGAACGGGCCGGCGGUCAACGGGGCUGGUCCUCAGCCCGAGGGCGACGUGCACGCCCAGCUGAAGGCGCUCGACGCCCGGAUGGAGCAGCUCGAGGCCUCGGUGGGCCGGGUCCUGCAGAUUGUGGAGGGCACCUGGCCCACCGGCGUGACGCGCACGAAGCUGUGA